AUGGAUGAUGAAGUAGAAAUCGCUGUUGUUGGCAUUGGAUGCCAUUUUCCUGGAGGCGAGGGACUUGAGAACUUCUGGCGAGUCCUCCUUCACGGAGAGAACUGUGCGGUUCAGAUCCCAGAGGACAGGUUUAAUCUCUCUCGAUGGUACGAUCCCGAUGAGAGUAAAGCGGGAAAGACACACACUGCAAAGGCUGCACUUAUUGAUGGCUUGAAUGAGUUUGACCACAAGUUCUUCGGCAUCACUAAUGCUGAAGCAAUCACCAUGGACCCUCAGCACAAACUUCUGUUGCAGUGCACCUACAGGGCCCUAGAGGAUGCUGGGAUACCAAUGGAGAAGGCCAGUGGGACGCGAACAGGAGUGUUCUUGGGUCUAAUGAACAGAGACUUUGAGCUGGCAAGUGUGAGGAUAAAUCCAAAGUACAUAGACCACACCAAUGGCACUGGUGCCGCUAUGAGCAUAGCUGCCAACCGCAUCUCAUACAUGUUCAACUUCACAGGCCCCUCACUGUCCAUUGACUGUGCCUGCUCCUCAUCCCUCGUCGCCCUUCACUUAGCUUGUCAAGCCAUAAAACAAGGAGACUGUGAUAUGGCCUUGUGUGGUGGUGUGACCUGCAUAUUGGAGCCAACCAUUUUUGUGACUCUUUCCAAGGCAAAAAUGAUCUCACCUAAUGGAACGAGUAAACCUUUCAGCAGUAAAGCAGAUGGGUAUGGCAGAGGUGAAGGAUGCGGGGUUGUUCUAUUGAAGCCUCUGAAAAAGGCUUUUGAAGACCAUGAUCAUAUUUGGGGUAUCAUCGGCAAAACUGCAGUUAAUCAAGAUGGCCACAGCGUUAGUCCAAUCACCAAACCAUCCAUGGUACAGCAGGAGGAGCUACUUAGAAAAAUCUACUCAACAGAGACUGACCUGACUAGUGUCCAGUACAUUGAGGCUCAUGGGACUGGGACUCCAAUUGGAGAUCCAAUAGAGGCAGGUAGCAUCUCAAAAGUCAUUGCCAAAGCAAGACCUCAGAAGUCAGGGCCACUCAUCAUUGGUUCUGUCAAAAGUAAUAUUGGACACACAGAAUCUGCCGCAGGUGUCGCAGGGCUCAUAAAGGUUCUUCUGAUGAUGCAGCAUGAAACCAUUGUGCCAUCAUUGUUCUAUUCCAUGGAAAACUCAAGCAUAGAUGCUAAAUCUCUCAAUAUUAAAAUCCCCACCACAGCAGAAAAAUGGAUUAGUGACCGUAGAGCAGGGAGGUCAGCAGGAAUCAAUAACUUUGGGUUUGGUGGAUCAAAUGCACAUGCAAUUGUCAGACAAUAUGUGCAGUCAAAAAAGCCAAAAGAUCAGAUGAUGAGCAAAUCCCAUCAGUAUUUUGUGGUCUCUGCAGCCUCAGAAAAAUCCAUGAAAAAUAUUAUUGAAGAUACGGCAGAACAGAUCGGCACUGGGAAAAUAUCAGAUCUACAGUCUUUACUGUACACAUCCGCAUGUAGAAGAAGUCACUUAAAACACAAAUACAGGAAAGUAUUUCAAACAUCAUCAUUGGCAGAUCUGCAAGAGAAACUUACUGCUGCUGUAGAGAAAAAGCUUGCACAAUCAAAGACCGACUCCAAGCUAGUUUUUGUGUUUUGUGGCAAUGGUGUUACAUAUCAGGGUAUGUGCAAGCAGCUCCUAAAACAAGAGCCAGUUUUCAGAGAGGAAAUCAUGAAGAUUGAAAAACUGUUGCAAAGCUAUAGAAGUUUGAAUUUGACAGAGAUGCUGGAAAGUGAAUCUGAGAAAGGUACAGAGCCUUCUGAUCCAAAGAUUGUCCAGCCUCUUCUGUUUGCUAUUCAGGUUGCUGUUGUCAAACUUCUGAAACACUGGGGCAUCAGUCCUGAUGCUGUUUUGGGGCACUCUAUUGGAGAAGUCGCUGCAGCUCAUUGUUCUGGUUUGCUGUCACUUGAAGAUGCAGUGAAAGUUAUACACUAUCGCAGUUCUUUGCAAAGCACUGUGACAGGAGGGAAGAUGCUGGCAGUCAGUAAUAUGGCUGUUUCUGAAGUCUUGAAAAUUCUUCCAUCUUAUUCAGGAAGGGUUUGUCUGGCUGCUUAUAACAGCCCUCAGUCAUGCACCCUCUCAGGAGAUGCAGAUGACAUUGACAGGCUGCAACAGAAUUUGAGCAAUUCACCCAGAGGAAAAGAUUUGUUCCUACGCAUUUUAGAUGUACCUGCAGCAUACCACAGUCACAAGAUGGAUCCCAUUUUAUCCAAAGUGGAACAGAGUAUAGGCUCAUUGCAAGCGCAUCAUCUGGAGACAGAAUUGUUCUCAACAGUGACAGGUGUUAGUUUGUGUUCCUCAGAUUUUCUCACUGGUGAAUACUGGGCAAGGAAUAUCAGAGAACCAGUUGAAUUCGAACAAGCUGUACAGUCUGCAGCUAAAAACAAAAGGAGUGUGAUAUUUGUUGAAAUUGGUCCAAGAAGAUCUUUGCAGAGGUACAUCACUGAGACUCUGGGGAAUGACUUCACUGUGAUUCCCUCAGUGCAGCCUGAUAAAGAUCACGAGACCAUGCUUGCUCUUGUUUCCAAACUGUUUGAGCUUGGGGUCAAAGUGGACUGGGAAAUGUUCUACAACGGUUUUGAGACUGAACCAAUUCCUUACCCACGAUACCAGUUUGAUGACGUGAAGACAGACGUCUUCGCUUCUAAAUUGCAGUUGAUCAGUCCCACUGGCAACCAUCCAGUAGUUUCACAAAUGGGUACAGACAGUUCAGUGUUUAGCUGUGAUUUAUCCUCUGAGUCAGUGGCCUUUCUGAAGCACCACAAACACAGUGGGGUCGCCAUCAUUCCUGGGGCAUUUUAUGCAGAGUUGGGUUUAGCAACUUACAUGGCAUAUGCAAAACCUAAGGUCCCACUAAAUUCUCUGCAGCUCAGCAUAACAUUCCAGAGUCCAUUCGUUUUCACCCAGAAUGCCCCUGAUAUAAAAGUACAUCUAGAUCCAUCAGACCAUUUGGCUGAUAACACAUGUAACUUUAAAAUACAGUCUACUUCUGCAGUCUUUGCAUUUGGCACAGUAGAAGCAAAACCAUGUAGAACUCCUGAAGAGCAGUUCAUUUCAUUAGACUGUAUUCACAAAAGAUGCACAUCCCACAUGACUUCUGAAGAACUCUACAAACUUCUAAGUCAAGCAGGAUUUGAGUAUGGGUCUGUCUUCAGGAAUAAUGCAGAUGUUUAUUGUGGGGAAGAAUUUAGAGAGGCUAUAUCUGCUGUGAAGGUCCCAAAGGAAUUACUGCCUCAAUUGCAUGACUAUUACGUUCACCCAGUGGUCUUGGAUUAUGUCAUGCAACUUGUUCUUGCAAGUAUAGGGCGUGUAUCAACAAGACCCCAAUAUCCUGUGAAAAUCGGAAGCCUGACUGUAUUUGAGCCAUUGCAAGAGGAGAUGGUUGUUUAUCUGAGAGCAGUGCAUAUGACAGAAGAUGAUUUUGACAUUUGUGGCUGCGUAGCUAACAAACAGGGUAGGGUGUUAGUUGAACUCAGGCAUGUGAAGAUCAGAAUGCUAGGAAGUCGAUCCCAAGUAGUCGAGGAGUAUUUCUUCCACAACGAUUUCAGUAUCGUCUCUGAAGUUGCCACAUUUGAUACACCGAUUAAGGCACUGGUAUUUUCUGACCAGGUAGGAAUUUCUGAAACUUUGCAACAGUACUUGGACCCAACAUCUAGAUAUGUUUCUUCUUCAAAUGUUGACACACCGUUCAAAGAUGGAGUUGAACAACUUUUGUCAAAGCUGAAAAUUUCAAGUGUAAAGAAAAACUUCCAGGAAGUUCUGUUCAUGUGGUCUGAUGCAGACCUAACCUCUCUCAAAUCAGAGAAGGUCUUGGACAGUAUGGCAGGGUGUUGUGAGAUUUUCAGAAGGCUUGUCACAUAUCUCAAGGCACUUAAUUUCCCAGGUAAUAUCAGAGUAAUAACCUAUAGGUUGUCUGAGAGCACAGUGGACUACAUCAACCCUGGGUUUGUUCUGUUAGGCAUGACAAGAGCGUGUGCAGCCGAGUUGCCAGAACUUUCCUUCCAGCUGAUUGACAUGGGCUCUGCCACUUUUGAAGACAUCAAAACUUUGGCUCAGGUCCUCAGGUCAUGCCCCUGUAACAAAUAUCCAGAGCUAAUAGUGAAGGAGGGCAACAUUCUCCAUCCUGAAAUCACCNGGCGGUCGCUCGCUCCCUUGGAACAGGGUUUGGGGAAACUGCUCUAG